GUCAGAUUUUCGCACUUCCUGAUUCAUCAUGGGGGCAUCUGUACUCUCCAUGGUGCUUCUACUGAAUGCCGGACCUUCUUCUCCGCAUCUGCUCGCUGUAUCGAUUCCUGUAACAUCCUCACCCUGUCUCGGAAUAUUCGACGAAAAGAUCAUGUUCUGCGCCGGAAGCCCCGGGAAGGACUCGUGCCCUAAUGACUCCGGAGGUCCAGUCAUGCAGGAGGACAGCGGUUCAACCAUCCUCGUCGGCGUGGUCUCGGGCGGUGGGCCCUGUGGCGUGAAUCCGGGUUUCAACGUCAGGGUUUCGGCCUUCACUGAAUGGAUUUCGGAGAACAUGGUCAAGCUGCAGUCGUGACCGAAAACUUCGUCUCCAAGAAAGGGGAACACAUAUUCCUAAAUGUAUGGCUGAAAAUAAAUCGAUGAGAAGUUCAAAA